AUGCAGUCGCCAUUCCACUACUCCGACUACGCACCGUCGUACUCCUCGUACGCAUCCUCCCCGGGCGAGAUCGACUUCUUCUUCUAUGGACCCACUCCACCAACCUACGACCCGGCCCUGGGGGACCUGGACACGACCACGCCCUUUGGCGUUCCCGAGUUCCUCGCCGGCAGUGCCUCUGCCUACUCCUUCACCAGUGCCCCAUGCAUGUACUCCCCCGGGCCCGAGGUUGCUCCCGUCUACGACACCCCGAUCGCCACCAGCGCGCCCAGUUCUGCGGGCAGCUCAUGCGGCAGCGUCUACGGGGGCUCUCCCUGGCACACCACCCCCGAGGAGCAGCUGCCGAUGCCCAGCUUCCCGCUGCAGUCGGACGACUCGGGCCCCGAUUCCCCCAUGUCUCAAUCCAAGCCCGCAAAGCCCUUUGGUUGCGAUGCCUGCGGCAAGUCCUUCACACGCUUCGCGGACCUGAAGCGACACUCGACCAGCGUGCACUACCCCGUCUUCCGCAACUGCCCCGUCGAGCACUGCUCUCGCAAGGGCAGCAAUGGCUUCCCUCGUCAGGACCACCUGGUCGAGCACUUGCGCUCCUACCACCACCUGGACGUGCCCAAGCGUCGAGCCGUGAAGCGCUCCGCCAAAGCGGCCGACCUCUAA